CAAAGGAGACACAGAGACAGUCGAUUUGGCCGAAACCCUAAAUACGAGCAAGAAGAAGAGUAGGAGGGAAAUGAAGGGAGCACUAGCAAGGCUUCAGCUGGGUGAAAGCCACCAAUUGUCGUUCCCCACGUCAUCAAAAUUAUCUUCUUCCAACCCCUCUCGCUUCCAGAACCUUCUAGACUCCGGAGCUGCCGACGCCAUCCUUCCCUCAUCGUCUCCUCUCGGUACUGAUCUUGACCCCAAUUUUGACGACAGAGAUUUCAUUCUCAGCCAAGACUUUUUCUGUACCCCUGAUUAUAUCACCCCAGAUAAUCAACAUACGUUGAGCGGUUGGGAUUGCAAUAAGGAAAAUAUCCCUUGCCCCAAAUCACCAGAGAAGUCAAAUACGGUUAAAUCCAAGAGACGCAGACAGGGUGAUUUCUUAUUGAAUCCACUCAGCCCAACAUUUUCCGGAAAUCAGCAGAUAGUGGAACUGGGAACGGAUGCUUUUGUCAUAGAUGAAGCUAAGAUGGAGAAAGCAACAGUUACCGAAGUUCGAAAGACACAAAAUUAUGUAUCUCAAUCUGCAGUGGCUUUACGCUGUCGUGUCAUGCCUCCUCCAUGUUUUAAGAAUCCAUAUUUAAAGGAUGCUUCAGAAAUGGACAUUGAUCCUCUUGGCAACCAAAGAUCAAAAUGUGCUGCUUUCUUCCCUGCAAUUAUGGGAGGAAAUGGCCUUUCACGCUAUUGCGCUGAUUUUCAUGAGAUUGAGCAAAUUGGUAGUGGGUACUUCAGUCAUGUUUUUAAAGCCUUGAACAGAAUUGAUGGUUGUUUGUAUGCUGUGAAACGUAGCAUGAAGCAGUUGCAUCAGGACACAGAAAGGAGAAAGGCUUUGAUGGAAGUUCAAUCUUUGGCAGCUUUAGGUUCCCAUGAAAAUAUUGUUGGAUACUACUCGUCUUGGUUUGAAAAUGAGCAGCUCUACAUUCAGAUGGAAUUAUGCGAUCACAGCUUAUCCAUCAACAAGUUUUCCCGAACCUUCACAGAGGGAGAAAUUUUGGAAACCUUGUUUCAGAUUGCAAAGGCGUUGCAGUUUAUACACAGGAAGGGAAUAGCUCAUUUAGAUGUAAAACCUGAUAAUAUAUAUGUCAAGAAUGGUGUUUAUAAGCUUGGUGACUUUGGAUGUGCAACUCUACUUGAUAAAAGCCUACCAAUUGAAGAGGGUGAUGCUCGAUAUAUGCCUCAAGAAAUCCUGAAUGAGAAAUAUGACGAUCUUGACAAGGCUGAUAUUUUCUCCUUGGGAGUUGCUAUUUAUGAGCUUAUUAGAGGUUCACCUUUGCCCGAAUCAGGACCUCAAAUUUUAAAUCUUAGGGAGGGAAAAUUGCCACUCCUUCCUGGCCAUUCACUGCAAUUUCAGAACUUACUCAAGGUCAUGUUGGACCCAAAUCCAGUUUGGAGGCCAUCAGCUAAAGAUUUGGUUGAAAAUCCAAUUUUUGACAAGGCCCUGAGAAAGGGACGAGCUUAGGACAACCACGAUUGCCUUUUGUAGAGAUUGGAGUGUUGUAUGCGUCAUUCAUUUGCAUCAGCCGGCCCUGUAAAACAGGCAAAGUGAAAUUCGUGAAUGACAAAUUUUGUAAGUAUAAAUUAUUCCUCUAAACUAUGCACCUAAUUUUCCCAUUUCUUCGGUGCAUAUUUUGUUAAUCUGGAGGAAAUCUGUGUCAUGUACUCACGCUUAUGUGCUGCUGCUAAUGAAGGCCUAAAUUUAUUGCCUGCA